GGAGUCAAAUCGAGUAUCGAUGCUACACUAUAAUCCUUAUCAAGAUGGCGGAUAUUAGUGCCAAACAAAUGGUCCAAAAAAGCAGUGCUAAAUUCGCAGCUGGAGCUGUGGUCUGCGUUGAAAGCGAGAUAAGAGGGGAUGUGUCUAUAGGUCCAAGGACAGUGGUGCAUCCCAAAGCUCGCAUCAUAGCCGAGGCAGGGCCCAUUGUCAUCGGAGAGGGCAAUCUUAUCGAAGAGCAAGCGCUUAUCAUUAACGGGUACCCCGAGAACAUAAUGCCUGACGCAGAGGGCACGGAACCCAAGACGAUGACAAUUGGAACCAACAACGUCUUUGAAGUUGGAUGCGAAUCCCAGGCCCUGAAGAUUGGCGACAACAACGUCAUAGAGUCGAAAGCCGUGGUGGGCCGGAAUGUCAUCCUGACCAAUGGCUGCAUUGUUGGAGCCUGUUGCCAGGUGAACACUUGUGAGGUCAUCCCCGAGAACACGGUCAUCUACGGGUCGAACUGCAUGCGCCGGGUGCAGACCGAGAAGCCGCAGCCACAGAGCCUCCAGCUGGACUUCCUGAUGAAAAUCCUGCCCAAUUACCACCAUCUGAAGAAGACCGUCAAAGCCGGCUCCGCUCACGUGAAAAACUGACUGACCCCAGCCGCCCGCCGUUGCCAUGGAGAAGCCGCGAAGUCCAUUGAAGGCCCUCGGCGGCUGUGCGAGAGAACGAGGGAACACCAGCGGUCCGCCACAGAAAAGUUCUGAUGUUUGCGCGGUGUUUGUAAAGUGUCCUCACCUGGAAGAUCAUUCCUCUCAUAUUUCUUUUCCUUUUUUUGUCACUUUACUGGCAUUAAUUUACAUCGUUAUUAAAAUUCCAGAUAAUGCUGCUAGAUUGUAUUGCACAUGUCCCUUUAAUUCUCAUGUCAUUCCAGCCUUACAUGUGUUUCUGUAGGUUAAUUGAAUACGUUGUCAUUGAAAUUACACUUUAUGUAAAUCAAUAAAAACCAAAACCUAAAUGAA